AUGGCUCUCGUUUACAUUUCCAUUCUCUGCUUGCUGUCUCUGGUGUCAUCUGUUGAGGUUGACUUUGAGGCUCAGCCUUACAUCGUUCACGCUGGGACGGCUUUCGUAACGCGAAAUUACACCUCAGUCCUUACGGUGCCCAAUGGAGAGCAAUUCGGGGACUGGAUGUGGUCAGAGAUGUGCCCUGAGAACUUCUACGCCACGGGAUUCAGCCUGAGGGUCGAGUCUAACCAGUAUGGAACUGAUGACACGGCUCUGAAUGGAAUCCGUCUCUUCUGCGUCCAAAAUGGUGACCGGAGCUUCCUCUACAGCGUGGAGUCCCAUGCUGGACAUUUUGGUGAAUGGAUGGAGCCACAGUGGUGCCCUUCUGGUACAUUGACCUCAUUCCAACUGCGCGUGGAACCUCACCAGGGCAUCUUUGGUGAUGACACGAGCGCCAACAACAUCCGCUUCCGCUGCAGCAGCAACCCGACGCUGGAGGGCCGGGGCAUGUCCUGGGGCGAUUACGGAGCCUGGAGUGAGGUCUGUCACAAUGGGGGCAUCUGUGGCAUCCAGACCAAGAUGGAGUCAUACCAGGGCGCUCUGGAUGACUCAUCACUCAACGAUGUGCGCUUUUACUGCUGCACCCAGAGCCAGCAGUGA